AGAGAUACAUUUUUGGAACGCAGCGACGUUGGUGAAGGUACCUCACUUCACUCGAUCUCCUCCGGAAGUUUGCUUGGCGACGAAUUGCUCACAUCACAGUUCAGUCUGUCUGUGCCAACAAAUGAGGAUUUCCAUGUUUCGGAAUUGGCCAAAGCAGAGCCCGCUGUAUUCGAAACUGUCUGCGAUAUAAUUUUCAAGCAGUACGACCUCCGGCCAUCCGUAACCUCACAUGUGGAAGCGGCAACCAGACAACUUUCAGUUCAGUCAAUGCCGUGUAGAAAGAUGGAACGCUCGCUGGCUGGAAACUGGUGUCCGGAAACAAUUGUUAGUUGCCAAUUCCAUUUUUAA